CAACGACUGAGCCACCAGGCGCCCCCUGUAAGGUAAAAGUCUUCUAUCAACGUGAUUUUCGCUGGCAGGUUAUUUGGUAGAGUAAAAAACACGUUUAGAACUGUAAGAUUAACUUGCAAGAUUUUAUUGAAACAAACCCAAACUUUGUUUUUGAGGAUUCUCAUUGUGCAAACCAAUUGUCUUUAUACCAUAAGGUCCUGUAAGGCAGUGAAUACCUUUUAUUCCUAUCCAUUUAGCACAGCAGUGGGGAGGGGUUGGAAAGAAAGAGGAAUGGUUGAACUUUAACUCAUCGAAAUUCAAUAAGCCUGUAUAAGCAACUCAAACGAGGCAAAGUCGCACACAAUGUAAAAGCACUUUGCAAACCGUAAAUUACGUUAAUUUUCGUAUACAAACAGUGAAAAGUACCAUCUGCCAAGCGUCCCCUGUUCAUUCUAGCUAGAACUCAAGAUCCCUCUUUCUUGGCAAUGUAUUCAUAUCGCUAUGACACAUUCAAACGUGUACGAGAGCAGGAACCAUUUCAUCGAGUGCGGCAAGUGCCUAGUUAUGACUGAACAUAACUACACGUAGAAGACAGUUAAUCUACCAGCUAGAAUGGAGUCAUGGAAAGUCAUCGUUCCCAGUUCUAACGAACUGCAGGAACCUUUUUUAAUAAUAUUUUUAAUAAUUGGCAACAAAGCUAAAGGCUUCUAUCCCCGGCUGCGUCGCUCCAAAUCCUUCCUGGAAGGCGGCAGAAUAUAAACUAACCACCACCCCCGCCGUACGCACAGAGAACUUCCGUACUUCCAUAUUGUCUUUUGUCCCCCCCGACCCCUAACUAAAUCGCCCAAGGGAACACAGGCCUCAGCAGCAGGCCCCAACUCUUGGCUCCGGGUGUCAGACGUCGCCGCGGCGCCCCAAACACCUUGCCAAAAAGACCUCUGCAGAGGGAGAUUCAGAGCUAUGGCUUCCCACAGAGGAUGCGAAGCAAAACCAGCUAAGCAAAGCCUAAAAAACGAGCACAGGUUUACACUUUAAGCCAGGCCCCCAGUGACUUAUUUCAGCGGGAGCGGAAGCGGAAGUCCCAGUGCGAUCAUAGAGUUCGCUAGUUCCGGUUCUCCGGCCACGUUCGGGUAGAGCGCCUCCCCUCCGUCGGCCGUUCCAAUCCCCGGCCGCUUCUAUUUCCGGGUGCGGCUUCUGUCAUAAAGCGGAGGCCUCUCUUCAAACGUGGCGUCGUGGGUCCUUCACGCCUCGCCUGGGGUCCGCGCGCAAAGAUAGGCGCGGACACUUGGCAGCCAACAGCUGGAGCCAGUCCUCGCGUACCGGGUCCGCACUGGCACCUCUAGCACCUCAGAGCUGGCUGGCUUUUAAGCCCUCACGAUUGAGAUCCCGAUUCGUAGCCUCCCGGACUACAGCUCCUGAAGGGAGCACUCCUUCGCCCAUACCUGUACCCCAUAGGCAUGCUCUGCCCUUGCAGGUGCAUUUGAUAAAUCACCCCUACCCCACACUACCACUUUCAGCUUAAUUUCUGCCACGUCUGCCUUAAUUUCGUUCUUAACCGCCUUAAUUUGAGACACCCCCCGCCCCCGGCUCCAGAAGAGGUCUUCACCCGCCCCCCGCCCCCAAUUCUGUAAAAGAGGAGUUUUGGGUCUCUUGCAGAAAGAUUACCUUUAAGACUGAGCACCCGUUUGAUAACUAAAACAAGUUCAUGCUUACUAAAGAGUUUGUGGGCAAAGCGAAACCCAGCGCACACAGGAAACUAUGGCUGAACAUGGGGCUCACAUCACAACUGCUUCUGUGGCGGAUGACCAGCCAUCCAUCUUUGAGGUGGUAGCACAGGACAGUUUAAUGACAGCCGUGAGACCUGCUCUUCAGCAUGUGGUCAAGGUUCUCGCAGAAUCAAAUCCUGCCCACUAUGGCUUCUUUUGGAGGUGGUUUGAUGAAAUCUUCACCCUGCUAGAUCUUUUGCUCCAGCAGCAUUAUCUGUCUAAAACCAGUGCCUCAUUUUCUGAAAAUUUUUAUGGCUUAAAGCGCAUUGUAAUGGGGGACACACACAAGCCUGAGAGAUUGGCCAGUGCUGGUCUCCCAAAGAAGCAGCUUUGGAAGUCAAUUAUGCUCCUGGUUCUUCUUCCCUACCUGAAAGUGAAGCUGGAGAAGCUGGUAUCUAGCCUGAGAGAAGAGGAUGAAUAUUCUAUCCACCCCCCUUCUUCCCGCUGGAAACAGUUUUAUAGAGCCUUUCUGGCAGCCUACCCAUUUGUUAACAUGGCAUGGGAAGGCUGGUUUUUUGUACAACAACUUCGAUACAUCCUAGGAAAGGCUCAGCAUCACUCACCAUUGCUGAGGCUGGCUGGAGUUCGGCUAGGUCGACUUACAAUUCAGGAUAUACAAGCUCUGGAGCACAAAGCAGCUGAAGCCAGCAUGAUGCAGCAACCAGCCAGGAGUUUUGGUGAGAAGAUAAAAUCAGCUCUGAAGAAAGCUUUGGGAGGUGCUGCCUUAUCCCUCUCUACUGGCCUUUCUGUGGGAGUAUUCUUUUUGCAGUUCCUUGAGUGGUGGUACUCAUCUGAAAAUCAAGAAACCAUCAAAUCACUGACUGCCCUGCCUACUCCACCACCACCUGUACACCUAGAUUACAAUUCCGAUUCUCCUCUGUUACCCAAAAUGAAGACUGUGUGCCCACUGUGUCGCAAAACCCGGGUGAAUGAUACUGUUCUUGCCACCUCUGGCUAUGUGUUUUGUUAUCGCUGUGUAUUUAAUUAUGUAAGGAGUCACCAAGCUUGUCCCAUAACAGGUUAUCCAACAGAAGUGCAACAUCUAAUUAAACUGUACUCCCCUGAGAACUGAAAGGGAUUAGCAUUUUAUCUCACAACAAAAUUAUUGCACUAUAAGGCUGAGAAACUGAUUUUCAGCACAGUACAUGGCACUAUUUGAGUCUUCUCAUCCCCAAUUCGUAAUUAUAUGAACUUUACACAACUAGAGUUGACCUUGAAUGACGUGUGUGUUAACGGUGCCAACACCACCCCCCCAGUAGAAAAUUCACAUAUAACUUUUGACUCCCCCAAAACUUAACUACUAAUAGCCUACUAUUGACCGGAAGCCUUACUGCUAACAUCAACAAUCAGUUAACACAUAUUCUGUAUGUUAGAUUAUAUACUGUAUUCUUGCAGUAAAGCUAAGGAAAAAUUAAAGUCGUAACAGAAAAUACAUUUAUAGUACUGUACUGUAAAAAAAAAUCCAUAUAUAAGUGGACCCACACAAUUCAAAUCUGUGUUCAAGGGUCAGCUGUAUAUGGAUUCUUUAAGAGGAUAUAUCCAUUGAUCUAAACCUUUUAACUUGCUCUCUAGACUCCUACUUAAGAGUUUAGCAAGCUGGUUAGAAUAAGAGAAUCAGGAUUGACAGGGGACAUGAAGGUCAGUGUAGACGAAGUGGAUGAAAUAGGAUAGUACAGAAGCUUUUCCUUGAAGAACAAGAGGUAUAGAAGCUCUCAGGAAAAACCCAAGUUAGACCUUAUAAAAGUGGGUGAUGGGGAAGCAGCCCUUUUCUUGAGAAAAGAAAGCAUUUAUCUGCCUAUGAGGAAGAACUUUAUCAGUUUGCAAACAAUGUGAAAUAUGGACCUGCUCUUUACAGAAAUACUUAGAAACAGUUUAGAAAAACAAAGCACCUUCCAUAUACUGUGAGCCACUUGUUAAGUAGCAUCUGCUAUAGUGUAUCAGCUUUUAAGUAAGAUUCCUUUAUGAGCCAUACUUAUCUUUUCUUGGGCAACUGGUUAAAGAAAAAUAGGGGUUGAACGUAUAUAUAGAGCAGUCUGAAGAUUUCAGUGUGAAAGCAAAACAAAUAAACAAGAGAUGACAUAAUAUACUGAUUUAACUUUGUGCAAAAGAAUCUUAAUAAGCUUUUCUUGCUGUUAAGAGUUUGCUAAAUGGGCACGAAUUAUUCUGGCUAUUACUAAGUUUCUAUGAAACGCUUAAGUAAAUUUUAAGAAUAAAUGUUUUUGGCAAAGAGUCAUUCCAAGUUGUCAUGAUUAAGUGGAAACAAAGAUUACUUGAGGUGGAGGUGCCUGGGUGGCUCAGCUGGUUAAGCAGUGUCCAACCUUGGUUUCGGCUCAGGUCAUGAUCUCAGGGUCAUGAGAUCAAGCCACACGGUAGGCUCGACCGCUCAGCGUGGAGUUGGCCUGGGAUUCUCCCUCUCCCUCUGCCCCUCCCCCGGUUUGCCCUCACUCUCUAAUAAAUAAAUCUUAAAAAAAAAAUUACUUGAGGUGUUUAAAGUACAUUUUUCAUUCAGACCAC